GAAAACAGCAGCCUCGUCUCUCUGUGGAGAACCCCACAAGCAGCAGCCUCAAGCUGAUGCUCAGGCCGUGCCUGUGUGGCACCACGUGGAGCCUUGCUCUGGUUUUAAACAUCGGGGUCCUGUUCUGCCUCAUUAUUCCACAGCUCAGGGCUGUUUCAGAGCUCCAGCAGCCUGCUGACUGCCCCGUGCACCGAAAGCAAGAGUACUGAUCUCACAUUACACUCUGCAAGAAGUGUUUACUUUUACAGAAGUGUUUCCUAAUUUUAUAAACCCCAGAGCACACAGCAGCUGCCCGAUUUCCAGAACCAUUGCACAGCUACAGCUCCAAACAACAUCCACAGAAGCCAAAUGACUUUCAGCAUGUCUGAGAAGCAGGCAUUAAGAUGCAAGUUGGCCAGUGAACAACUGAAGCACUCAAGAGUGUACAGAUACCUGAAAAACACGAGCCUAAAUAGAUUUUUUUUUUCUCUCUCUCCUUCUCAGGGGAAGGACAAGAGCCAGCUGAAGGGCAGGAGUUCUGGCUCCAAUCCCAAACUCAGACCAGAAGACAAUGCUGGCAGCUCUCCACUAAAACCAGGGCUUUUAUCGAUAGUCUUGCACCGUCCAUAAUUUUAGCAGAAUCCCUAGAGGAGAUCAGGUCAUCGGGCGCAGCUAAUCCUGUACCUGUGAGCAAAGGCUUAUUUCUGAGGAAGGCAGUCAUCACUCGAUAUAUUUAGCUGACUGCACAGCCACAGUCCUUAGCCCACUCUUAGCAGGUGCAAGUGCAAUUGCUAAAGCUGUCACGGAAAUUAGCAAUUGCUAAACCCAAGCCAUGAGAAAUUUCACUUGGAUAACUGGAUCAGCAUCACUGCAGCAGGGAAUUGCAGAGCAAUGAAGCUAUCUGAAUAAAUACUGCCACCUCUGGACUAAUUAACUGCGUUCAGCUCACGGACCACACUCCUGCACCUCAGCAGCAUCUUGCCUCGUUUCCCGAGCCUCGGCCAUCCCUGUUUAUCAACAGCUCCUGACCCGAACAGUGAAUCUCGAAGCGAAUCUGACCAAGGUCCUGAAGGGCUGUUGCAUCCUGUGCCCACUGCGUGAUGCCACCGCACCAGCCGCCCCCUGACACGGCCCUUGUCUUGGAGGUGACAGGGCUCUAGGGGAUUCCCUGCAGGCACUGCCUUGUUUGUUCCUUGUUUGUUCCUGUGCUGGUGGAGCCCGAGGAGGCUGUGCUCUUGCAAGCAGAGGCAAAGGCAAAGACGGGUCCGGCCACUGGCCCCUGUGCUGUGCCCAUGAGAGAUGGCCUUCCAGCGCAGCCACAGGCUGAACCUGCUUCGCCUCGUCGUGCUGCUCCUUGUUGCCUUGGCUGGCAUCAAAUUCCUCUUCCGUGACAGCUUUACCCUGGAGCUGCACAAGCAUGUCACCAAGGACAGUGGGUUCUGGGGGGACACGGGCGACACUGGCCAGGAUGCUGGCUCCCAGAGCCAGGCUCUGGAGCUCCCUGCAGCAAAGAUAACAGCCCCGAGGCAACAGCUGGAGCAGCAGGGCCCCAGGGACAUUGGUGCCACUGAGAUGAGGCUGGUCCACCUGGACUUCAAGGGAGCUGCGCCCAGGGUCUCCUACCUGGAGCAGGUGUUCCCCCUCCUGUCGCAGCUGGGAGCCAACGGCAUCCUCAUCGAGUACGAGGACAUGUUCCCCUUCAAGGGGGAGCUGGAAAUCCUGAAGUCCCCAUACGCUUACAGCGAGGAGGACAUCGAGCGGAUUCAGCAGCUGGCGGAGCUCCACAAGCUGGAGGUGGUUCCCCUGGUGCAGACCUUUGGGCACGUGGAGUUCAUCCUCAAGCACGAGAAGUACCAGCAUCUGCGGGAGGUUGAGCGCUUCCCCAACAGCUUCAACCCCCAUGUCCCCGACACCCUGGCCCUGCUCAAGAGCAUCUUGUCACAGGUGAUUGAGAAGCACAGGCGCUCCACCUGGAUCCACAUCGGCGCGGACGAGGUCUUCCAUCUCGGAGAGGGGAUGGACUCCAAGAACUGGAUGAGCCGCAACAAGGGUGACACGGGGACCAUGUACCUGAAGCACAUCAAGGAGGUGCUGGGCUUCAUCACCACGCAGUACUGGGGGCUGCGGGCACUCAUGUGGGAUGACAUGCUGAGGAAGAUCAGCGUGGGAGCCCUGCGGGAGUCUGGGAUAGCGAAGCACGUCUCACCCGUGGUGUGGUUCUAUGCGCCUGACUUUGAGGCUGAGCAGAUUGGGCAGUUCCUCGCCAAGUACGCGGAGAGUGGCUUCGAGGCAGUGUGGUUUGCCAGCGCCUUCAAGGGCACCACGGGACCGGCGCAGACCUGGCCCCCCUUGAGCUACCACCUGAAAAACCACCUGAGCUGGCUGACGGUGAUGCAGGCCCUGCCACGGCUGGCCCCGCUGCGCUUCCAGGGCAUCGUCCUCACCGGCUGGCAGAGGUACGAUCACUACUCGGUGCUCUGCGAGCUGCUGCCUGUCAGCAUCCCCUCCCUGGCCAUCUGCCUGCAGACCCUGGUGAACGGGGGCUUCACAGAGGAGGCAAAGAGGAAGGUCCUGGACAUGCUGGGCUUCCAGAGCAUGCAGCUGGAGCAGAGCAUGUGCGAGGGCAGGGGAGUGUUCCCUGGUGCGGAGAUCUACCACAUGGUUGAGCAGGUUAAUGGCCACCUGAAGGACAGCAUCCUUAAGGCUCUGGAGGAAGAGAGUGCCAUCAAGGGCUGGUUUAGCCCCUACCACCGCAAGCGCCAGUUCGGCAACCCCCGCAACAUGGAGAGCUUUGGCAGCAAGGUGCUGAAGCUCCAUGAGGACUGGGAGAGCUUUGUCCACAACCUGCGCACCCAGCUGGAGAGGGUCUACUUCCCUGACACCGUGGAGGAGUGGAUGGAGGAGAACAUCAACCCCUAUCUGGACCAGCUGCGGGACCUGGUACGGGACUACCGAGCCAUCAUCCGCCUCAAUGCCAGGCCCAAGGCCAUGUAGGAGCUGCGGCCCCCCUGGGCUGGGCUUAGGGUGCCGCUGUCGUGUGUGUUUGCUGGUGACCGCAUUGCUGCCGUUGGUUUGUACUGUACAGAGCGCCUGCACAUCCCGCUUCCACAAUAAAGUAUUUUCGUAGA